CAAAUUUCAAGUCACCUUCCUUCCCUCCUCACCUCUCCUUAUAUUUCCCCACUCAAUCACCAUUACAUUCACAGAUCAAAUAUACCUCUUUCUCAGUGGUUUCUCUUUGCAAAUUGUCACUAUGCAUCAAGCAAUUCCUUUCAAGUCAUGGCAACCGCUUUACAAUACUACCAACACAACCCUCAACAUGUCAUCUCCUCUUUUCACCCACCAAAAUGACCCCUUAUUGACAAGAGAACUCAUCAGAGCAUCGGAAAAUGAUCAAAUGGGGAAGAUGGUUUCCGAGAAUGCUGUGAUUGUGUUCGCUAGACGCGACUGCUGCAUGAGCCAUGUGGUGAAGCGUUUGCUUUUGGGUCUGGGGGUUAAUCCUGCUCUUUAUGAAGUUGAUGCAGAAGAUGAAGUUGGUGUUUUGGCUCAACUGGGUUUGAUCAAUCAAGGUAGUGGAAGUGACCAAAAGGUUCAGUUUCCAGCUGUGUUUAUUGGAGGCAAAUUGUUUGGUGGAUUGGAUAGGAUCAUGGCUACUCAUAUCAGUGGAGAGUUAAUUCCUGUGCUCAAAGAAGCUAAGGCGUUGUGGCUCUGACUCUAUUAGAGGCUUCUUUUUUUCUUCUCUUCACCUUAAAUUUCAUUUUGUAGGUUCUGCUAAUCCACUUCCGUAGAUGUUACAUAAACAGGUUUAUUAUUCUUUUGAUUUCAGAAAUGGGGAUGCAAUUUUCUCUUUUCCUUUUUUGUUGAUCAGAACUAAUUCUGAUCAAUUUGUAUUAACAGAAGAGUAAAUCUUACAAUUUUACAAAUUA